GGUCAACUUGGUUAACUCUGUCUUACAACGGUCUUAUUACUGAACGAAAUCAGGUAAAUUUAUAAUCUGUGAAAUAAUUUGUUUACGGUAUUUGACAUUUGGUUUCUAGCCGUUCGUUGACAUCUAUGGGCGUGUCAGUGACUUAUUAUUUUUGAUUGUUAUUUCAAAAUAAAAUAAUAUUUUAUCAUGGUUAAAUCUAAAACAGGGUUAUUUGCCCUGGGAUUUUUUAUAGUCGCCUCAUUAUUUGUUAUAAUUUCUUUCAUUAGUCCUUUUUGGCUAGUGACAGACGGAAAACUUAAGAAUCCAAAGUUUAUAAAAAUUGGUUUAUGGGAAGUGUGUUUCAAUGGGUUUGAAGAGGUCCAUCAUUGGUAUGACACUGUAUUUACUGGUUGCUGGUGGAUAUUCGAAGAGGAAUACUACAUAAUACAUGAUGUUCUUCUACCUGGUUUCUUCAUAGCAACACAAUUCUUUUUCACUAUUACUAUGUGUUGUGUUAUUGUGUCAAUGUUUUUAUCUUACCUAUACAUGAAGAAAGACAGAGAUGAUGACAAAUAUCUUACACUCCUGGUAACAUUGGGCACAGUUCUUGUUAUUGGAGGAUUUUCUGGAAUCAUCUCUGUGGUGACUUUUGGUGCCCGGGGUGAUGGACGUGAUUGGAUGCCUAACUGGGAACAUAAUGACCUGGGCUGGGCAUUUGCCCUUGGAGUUGUAGGUGUAGUUCUACUUUUCCCUGCUGGAAUUCUAUUUUUGGUAGAAGCAAGAGUACAAAAGUACAGGAGACUUCAUGAAAUGCAGAGCAGGGAGCCAUCAUCUUACACUAUGCAUGAAAGAAAGGUUGGCUAUGCGGGAGGGCAUACUGACAUAUAGACAAUUAGGCAUUUUUUUAUACUAUAAAAUAAUGACUCCGUCCCAUCAGAUCUGACCUUUUUAUUAUGUACUAAUUUUAUGUUAUAUAUUCAUAAUUAUUAUCUAGCAAACAAAUAAAAUCUACUAAAUCAUAAAGGGCAUAGUAGGUUUUUGUAUCAUUUAUAUUUUAAAGAAUGCCUUAAACUUAAAUUGUCCGUCCAAUAUUUUCAUUUUAUAUAUAUAUUAAGAUACUAGUUUUGACUGAGUAUACAUUAUGUAUUGUGCAUUUUUACAGCAGUAGUGCUUUAAUAAAAUAUAUAAAUAGAGCAUUUAGACUAAGCUAUUAACUUUAAUAUUAUGAAUAAUUAAUGUUUAAAUGAAGUAGUAAGUAUUAAUCAAUUUAUACUUUUAUAAUAUUUGUAUUGCAAAAAUAAUGAAUAGAUAUUACUAUGGUUUGCAAUAUGAAUGACACAAGCAUUCAUCAUUAUCAUAGUGGUAACAUACUUUGUUCCUCUAUAAAUAUAUGAAUCUAUUGACCAUAUUUUUUAUUACCUAGUAACUAUUAACUUUAUAGGUAUGAACCUGGUAGAAUAACCAUUCAUAAACUAUAUUAAAAUUUUAAAUAAUAAAUUCAGAUCAUAAGUAUAUGUGCAAAUAUAUUAUUUUUGAGUUAAUUUACUGUUUUGCCUGCCUAUUUUUUAUUGGAAUGUUCAUUUGUUGUAAUUUUAUUACAUGUAACAACAACAACACAAAUUAUUAAUUUACAAACUUCAAUUUUUAACAUAUUUUUGUAAACUGUGUGUGUCUUAAAUAAAUGUUUUACAUGUCAAUGCAUUUAUAGCUAUUUAAUUAGUUUAUACAUAGGCUCCCUGAACCAGGAUUUAUUAAUAGUAUUAACAUUGGAAGGCACAGUGUGUUUGCACAAGAGUGCCAUUUUGGCAGCUUCAAACCCAAUAAAUAUACAAUGAGAUUCCUUGUAUCCAGAAAGCAUUCCAUGAAUAAAGCCACUUGCAAAACAAUCUCCUGCUCCUGAAACACUUUCUAUUUUACUUAUGGAUUCGGUUGGAUAAUAUUUUGCCUUGAUUUCAUGCCUUUCGUUUUUCAGUGUAAUGACUCCUCUAGAUCCCAUUGUAACAAUCAUAAACUGUAUAAUGCUGGAAACAUUGGAAUACAGUUUUACUAUUUCUUCAAAUUCACAAGAACUAUUUUUUUGUGGUGAUCCAGCCAUAUCUGCCAUCGCACGUAAUUCCGAUAAGUUCGGUGAAGCGUAUGAUACUUUGUAUUUACUGCCGAUGAUUUUCCGAGCUUUUCUUCUGUCUGUUGGUUCGAAAAAUACAGGUUUUCGUAGACGUUGGCAAACGUCUAGUACGUGGUCGAUAGUAGCCUGGGGCACAUUGCCAUCGAGGAUCACCAGCGGAGCAUCGUGCAGGAUACCAAUAUGCUUGUUAACCAAGUCAAUUGAGAUAUUAUUGUGCAAAGCCAUGUCACCCAGCCCGAUCAGACAUUCGCCCCGAGAGUCCAUUACGGCAGCGUACGAAGGUGUACUGGCAUUUUUUACGAUACAGUCAUUUAGUAAUAACCCUGGUGCAAUGUUGGCCAAAUAUUCUCCAUCUGCAUCAUCUCCCACGGCAGUAAGGAGUUUGGUUCUGCCGCCGCGCAACCUCCAUAGAGCUUCAGCCAUGUUGCGUCCUACGCCACCGCCGCUCUGCUCCGUGAGACAUGCGUGUGUGCUGCCAUCCAACU